GUCAUUGUUCUUAAAGCUGCAGCAGCCAACAACAUCCAUUUUGAAUCUUGCUGCUAUUUCCUUCUUCUCCUCCGUUACCCCAAAUGCCCUUUUUCAGUAUAACUAAAGAAAUGGCCAUUGGGACCGCAGUCCUAGGGGUUGCUUUUGCUACUGGAGUCUUAGCAGGUAAAAAAUAUCCAUUUUUAGCUUUUGGAAUUCCCCGAUCACCCAAGACUCUACUUGGAAAAGGGAGCCCACUAUGGCAAUACAUAUUGGAUCACUCUCUGCGGGAGCAUCCAGUCCUAAAGAAGCUGCGACUGCUCACCUUGGACCAUCCCUGGAGUAGAAUGAUGGUGUCUUGUGACCAAGCUCAGCUUAUGGCAAACUUGGCCAAACUCAUCAAAGCCAAGAAAGCUAUUGAAAUAGGUGUUUUUACAGGCUAUAAUACCUUAAACAUGGCACUAGUCUUGCCAGAUGAUGGCAGAGUCGUUGCCUGCGAUAUAAAUGAAGAUUACAUCAGUAUUGGAAAGCCACUGUGGAAAGAGGCAGGAGUGGAGCAUAAAAUAGACUUGCGGAUUAAACCAGCAAUUCAAACACUUGAUGAACUACUGGCAGACGGUGAAGCUGGGACCUAUGACUUUGCUUUCAUAGAUGCAGAUAAACAGAGUUACAAUGAGUACUAUGAAAAAUGUUUACGUCUCAUAAGGAAAGGGGGAAUCAUAGCUAUUGAUAACGUUUUAUGGCAUGGGAAAGUAUUGAAGCCAAGCAAGAACGAUAUGGAAACCCAAAGCCUCCACCACCUCAAUGAGAAGAUCUUACGAGAUGUACGAGUCAAUAUCAGCAUGCUCCCAAUGGGGGAUGGAGUGACACUAGCAUUCAAGCUAUAGUGGGAGAAAAAUGCUGAGCAAUGACAGGGAGACAGAGAAGAACCAAUUCAUCAGGCAAAACUAAGGUGGAACAUGAGUAGCAUCAGUGAACCUGUGUCUCAGCUGAAUAGCAUAAAGCUGGGAAAACAGCCCUUGAAAUGACCAGAAAAACUACAGGUAUCUAAAUACAAUGGUAGAAAAAAGAUUUAUAUUAAAAUUUAGUAUAAUUUUAUAUCACAAUAAAAAGAAAAACCUACA